GAAGAAGAAGGGGAUUAUGAUGAAGAGGAAGAGGAAGAGCUGAGUCCAGUUGGGAGUGACGAGGAUGGGGAAGGAAGAGACGAUCAACACCAGAAAUUGUCCAAAGCUGAAUUCGCAACGGGCGAUCAGUCCUCUGAGGCUUUGAGUCCUGCAUCAGCAGUUGAUAAAGACAAAGACAAAACACCAACUCAAGAAAAUGUCAAAGCAUCCUCUGGAACAGACUCGACGCCUAACACACCAGAUGCAAUGCAAGCAACUGAAGAAGACUCAAAUACAGAAUCUCAAAUAACUCCUGUUCCGUCGAGUGCAAAUCUGCAUUCGGAUGUAACUGGAGCUGGCACUGAGCAGCUGGACGACGAGGACAGAGGACGUUCUAGAUCAAGUACAAAGUCUCCUCUAGUUUCGCAAAAUGUCGCAACCGAAAAUUCGAGAUCAGGUCCGUUCAGUAAGGAAUCAAAUUUUUCAUUCUGA